GAAUACGAUUGGCUAGGUAGUAAAAUUCUAAGAAAUAGUAUCGAGAACAAAAGUGACGUAUAAGGUGGAGAGUGGUUGUAUUAUGGGUCUGAAUAUUUCAUCUGUUUAUUUACUUGAAAUUUAUAAUAGGCCGGUGUCGCGUUAAAUAAGUAGCUCGUUUGAUAAGUAGACAAGCAGUUCUGCGCAUGCUUCAAAACGCGGAAACACUUAAAACUAGGAUCCUAAAUCCCAGCGUUAAAAAAAUAACAUUGUUUAUAAACGAAAAAGAUGGCGGAACACGAUUAUUCUGUAGAAGGUGUUAAAAAAUAUCUUUAUGAUGGAACAAUUAGGAAAUGUAUGAGUUUAAAACAGCGUAAAUCAUUUCUAAAGUAUGCUAAAAAAUUUCAGUUUACUGAUAGAAUGCUGUACUAUGUAAAUGCUUCUAACAAGCUGCAGGUUCUUUUAACAGAUGAAAAUUUUAAUUUUAAAAUAGGUGACAAGGUUUUAGUAAAAAAUUACAAAAAGAUAGGUAGUAAAGGUAACUGUAUGGAACAUGAUUGGCUUGGACCAGCUAUAAAUACCAAUUUUAGCCAACUGGAGCUGUUGUGUCCCUUAAUGGUAAAGUUUGGAAAUCAGCUGUAGCUAUCCCCAAUAUGAAGCCUUAUUUGGAAGAAAAUCUAAGUUUUAUCUCUUCAAAUCUUUUAAAA